CCCGAAACCACGCCGCAGGAACGUGACCGGGCCCGCGGCGAGGCGAGCCAAUCGGAGGCCGCCCAGCCUACGCGCGUCACCCGUGUGGGCGGGGCUAAAGCGGAAGGUGCGGCGCUCGGAUCGAGGCGACGUUCGCGUGCGUUGCGGUGGACGUUCAGCUGUCAAAAGGGCCGAAAACAUUUGGUCAGCCGCGACGGGUACCGGACGGAAAGACCCGGGAGUCGUUUCGACGAGAUAAGUGCACAUUUGCGUUGCGAUCCGCCGCCAUUUCUGCACCGAAUCGCCGUUGUUGCGCGUAUUUACAUAACCAGCUUUCCACCCCCCCCACCCCACCCCGGUGUUGUGGCGGGGAAAUUACGAUCGAAUUGCAAACUCCCAUCAGAGUUGCAAUUCUAUUUUUUUAAGACAAAGUCUUUUUGGUGCACAUCUUUGUAAAAAAAAAAAAAAAAAAAAAAAACCAAACAGCAACAACCUUAAAUCGACGUAAUUUCCCUUUUUCUCCCUCGUAUUCGACAAACAAGUUAUACAACGAGGCGGCCUCGUCGAGCAUCCGCGCAGGUCCUAGUCCCCGCCCGCUCGCUUCUCACGUUGCCUCUUGAAGGCCAAAUGGUUCAGACUCUGACGCAUUCUAAAUACUUCGUCACGAUGGAAAAGGUUUUAUUGGAGCAAGGUUAACUCCUAAACGCCAAGGCCACCACAUUUACAAACUCCAAAAAAAAAAAAAAAAGAAAAAAAAAUCAUUUUUGUUGUUAUUUUGCCUCGGAUUUGCGUUAGUAUAAACGAGCCCCGUUAAAUAAAAGGACAUUUUCAAGCUUGAGGCCUCCAUCCACUUGAGUGAUGGUCGUGAACACGAUCCACUGGUUCAGGAAGGGCUUGCGGCUCCACGACAACCCGUCCCUCAAGGAGUCCCUGCUGGGGGCCGACACCGUCCGCUGCAUCUACAUCCUCGACCCCUGGUUUGCCGGUUCCUCCAACGUGGGCAUCAACAGGUGGAGAUUCCUGCUGCAGAGUCUGGAGGACCUGGACUCGAACCUGCGCAAGCUCAACUCCCGUCUCUUCGUGAUCCGGGGCCAGCCCACCGACGUCUUUCCCAGACUCUUCAAGGAAUGGAACAUAUCCCGCCUGUCGUACGAGUACGACUCGGAGCCCUUCGGGAAGGAGCGGGACGCCGCCAUCAAGAAGCUGGCCUCCGAGGCCGGCGUGGAGGUGACGGUUCGCAUUUCGCACACCCUCUACGACCUCGACAAGAUCAUCGAGUUGAACGGCGGCCAGUCGCCGCUCACCUACAAGCGCUUCCAGACCCUCAUCAGCCGCAUGGACGCCGUGGAGAUGCCCGCCGAGUUCAUCACCGCCGACGUGAUGGGGAAGUGCGCCACGCCGCUCUCGGACGACCACGACGACAAGUUCGGAGUGCCGUCGCUGGAGGAGCUGGGUUUCGAUACCGAGGGUCUGUCGUCGGCCGUGUGGCCCGGCGGGGAGUCCGAAGCCCUCACGCGACUGGAGCGGCACCUGGAGAGGAAGGCGUGGGUGGCCAACUUUGAGCGACCCCGCAUGAACGCCAACUCGCUCCUGGCCAGCCCCACCGGACUCAGCCCCUACCUGCGAUUCGGCUGCCUCUCGUGUCGCCUCUUCUACUUCAAGCUCACCGACCUCUUCCGGAAGGUGAAGAAGAACAGCUCGCCACCGCUGUCUCUGUACGGCCAGCUGCUGUGGCGCGAGUUCUUCUACACGGCGGCCACCAACAACCCGUGCUUCGACAAGAUGGAGGGCAACCCCAUCUGCGUGCAGAUCCCGUGGGACCGCAACGCCGAGGCGCUGGCCAAGUGGGCCGAGGGACGCACCGGCUUCCCCUGGAUCGACGCCAUCAUGACGCAACUGCGCCAGGAGGGCUGGAUCCACCACCUGGCCCGGCACGCCGUCGCCUGCUUCCUGACCCGCGGAGACCUGUGGAUCAGCUGGGAGGAGGGCAUGAAGGUGUUCGAGGAGCUGCUGCUAGACGCCGACUGGAGCGUCAACGCCGGCAGCUGGAUGUGGCUCUCCUGCAGCUCCUUCUUCCAGCAGUUCUUCCACUGCUACUGCCCCGUGGUGUUCGGCCGGCGCACCGACCCGAACGGCGACUACAUCCGCCGCUACCUGCCGGUGCUGAGGGGCUUCCCGGCCAAGUACAUCUACGACCCGUGGAACGCGCCGGAAGCGGUGCAGAAGGCGGCGCGCUGCAUCGUGGGCGUGCACUACCCCAAGCCCAUGGUCCACCACGCCGAGGCCAGCCGCCUCAACAUCGAGCGCAUGAAGCAGAUCUACCAGCAGCUGUCCUGCUACAGAGGCCUCGGGCUGCUGGCAUCCGUCCCCUCCACCUCCAACGGAAACAAUAAGCCCUCCUCAGACGUGAUGGGCUACUCGGUUGAAGCUCCCCACGAUGGCGCCGCCACUGCCGCCGCAUCUUCCGGGUAUCCCGCGGCGGGUCCGCCGCAGGCCGACUGGCAGAGCGGCGUCGGCGUCAUGAUGUACCUGCAGGGAGAUUCCCAAGCUGGCGUUGCCGCGCAUCAGCAAGGCUAUGUCAGCUCCAGCAUGAUGUGCUACGCUCAAGGCAACCGCCAGAGUCCCAUGCUUCAAAAAGGGCUUGAACAUCACUCCAGUGGCGGGCAGAUGAGCAGCAAGCGUCACUGCGAGGACUCCGGAAACGGAAAAAGCUCCAAAGUCCAAAGACACUAAACCACAGAAGAGGAAAAAAAAAAAAAAAGAAUUUCCACGCAGUGACGGCCUGGCCCUGCCACCAAGUCAUCAAAUUUGUAUCAUAAACGCAGACAUCCCGAGAGCGUCACACUUUUUCUUCUUCCUCGGGUGUAAACACAAAGUCGUCGUGUAUAUAAAGAACUUUCCAAAAUUCA